AAAAUGGUCAGAUUAUCACCAGUAGCAUUGCAGAUAUCAUCACAGACUAUUCCUUCAAGAACAUUCUUAGGAAACUGCCACAAGAAAAGCAAACUGGAGUGGCACCAUCAGUAUAUGAUGACAAUUAUCUGGGGUACUCAGUGGCUGUUGGUGAAUUUACAGGAGACUUCCAACAAGAGCUGGUAGCUGGAGUCCCAAGAGGUGCACAGAACUUUGGUUAUGUUUCAAUUAUAAAUUCUACAGAUUUGACCUUUAUUCAGAAUUUCACUGGAGAACAGAUGGCGUCUUAUUUUGGAUACACGGUUGCUGUUUCAGACGUUAACAAUGAUGGGUUGGAUGACAUCCUAGUUGGUGCGCCUCUCUUUAUGGAACGAGAAUUUGAAAGCAACCCUAGGGAAGUUGGACAGGUGUAUCUUUAUCUGCAAGAGAGCACCCUGCCCUUCAAAGAUGCACAGACACUGGCUGGCACUGAGGUGUUUGGCAGAUUUGGCAAUUCCAUUGCACCUCUUGGAGAUCUGAACCAGGACGGAUAUAAUGACAUUGCAAUAGGCGCACCCUUUGCAGGAGAAGACAGAAGGGGGAAAGUACUCAUUUACAAUGGAGCCAGUAACGGGUUAAACUCUAACCCUUCCCAGGUUCUCCGUGGCAUGUGGGCCUCCCAGUCUAUGCCUGCGGGAUUUGGUUUUACGCUAAGAGGAGACUCAGACAUAGACAAGAAUGAUUACCCAGAUUUAAUUGUGGGAGCAUUUGGAGCUGGAAAAGUAGUAGUUUACAGAGCAAGACCAGUUGUGACAGUGGAUGCCCGGCUAUUACUCUUCCCAGUGAUUAUAAAUCCAGAGAAUAAAACUUGCCAUCUUCCUAACUCUGUGGCUUGGGCAGCUUGCUUUAAUGUAUCUGUCUGUGUGGCUUUUGAAAGUCCAGGUAUUUCAGAUAAAAUAGUUUUGAGAGCUGAGCUGCAGUUAGAUUCCUUAAAAGUCAAAGGAGCUGUGAAGCGGACCCUCUUCCUGGAUUAUCAACAGUCACAGCAUGUCUUCCUCAUCAGGAUAGCCAGGCAGAAUUUGCUCACUUGCAAGGAUUUUGUGGUUUAUCUCAGAGAUGAAACUGAAUUUCGAGAUAAAUUGUCACCCAUCAACAUCAGCUUGAAUUACAGCUUGGAUGAAUCUGCAUUUUCAGAUGGUUUAGCUGUGAACCCGAUACUGAAUUACUACCAAGAAAAUGUUCUUGCGGAACAGGCUUACAUACUUGUGGAUUGUGGAGAAGACAACGUGUGCAUUCCUGACUUGAAGCUUUCUGCUGUGCCGGAUCGGGAUCAAAUUGUAAUUGGUGAAGAAAACUAUGUCAUGCUUGUGAUCAAUUCAAGAAAUGAAGGUGAAGGCGCUUAUGAAGCUGAGCUGCAUAUAAAGAUUCCUCCUGAGGCAGAUUACACUGGUGUUGAGCGCAACAACAAGGCGCUACGCGUGCUGAGCUGUGAUUACAAGAUGGAAAAUGAAACUAGAAUGGUGAUUUGUGACCUUGGGAACCCCAUGGCAGCUGGAACAAAUUUUUCUUCAGGUAUCCGAUUUAAUGUGCAGCAUUUUGAAAAUGCUGAAUUAAGCAUCCAGUUUGAACUGCAAGUGAGAAGUUCCAACAAGGUUAAUCCCAACAGUAAUUUGGUUGACCUUCGUAUUGACAUAAGUGUAUUGGCUCAGGUAAAGAUCAGAGGUGUCUCUCAUCCCGCACAAAUUGUCCUGCCAAUUCAUAAUUGGAAGCCAAAGGAUGAACCUACCAAAGAAGAUGACAUUGGACCUUUGGUGGAACACAUAUAUGAGUUGCAGAACAUUGGGCCAAGUGCCAUCAAUGAUACAAUCUUGUAUGUGGAAUGGCCAGUUCUGAGCAGAAAGGAAUUCCUUCUUUACAUCCUUCACGUUCAGACCCAUGGACCACUGCAGUGUCAAACCAGCUCUGCAAUCAACAGUUUGGAAAUAAAGUUUGCUGUCCCAGAGGACACUCCUGAGCUUGCGGCCUUUUUGCGUAACUCCUCCAUCCCCCACUCCGUCGGACGGAGGGAAGCCAAAGUGGUGGAACAUCAAAAGAACUCAGCAAGAAUUCUGAAUUGCACCAAUGUAGAAUGCUUAGUGAUCACCUGUUCAGUUGGACUCUUAGAAAGAGGAAAAAGUGUUGCACUGAAAAUACGAUCUCGUUUAUGGGCCUCCACAUUUCUACAAAGGAAAAAUGGUCAUUAUACUCUUUCUGUCAAUGUGUCCUUUGAAGUAAAGAAGAUGCCAUAUAAAGUUCAGCCAGCAAAACUCUCUGAAGGAAGCAUAGCAAUCAUAACAUCUGUUAUUUGGGCUACUCCGAAUAUUUCCUUUAUAAUCCCACUGUGGGUUAUAAUAUUAGCCAUACUCCUUGGACUGCUGGUUCUGGCUAUGUUGACCUUAGCUUUGUGGAAGUGUGGCUUCUUUGACCGAGCGAGGCCUCCAAGAGAUGACAUGGCUGACAGAGUGCAACUAACAAGCGACAAGACUACUGACACAUAGUAGAGGGGACUGGAAACAUGCUAGUGGGUUCAUCUGUCAGGAACCUUCCUUUGAACUCACACCUGUCAAGAUGUUGUUGUAAUCUGAACUAUGCGAUGUUCUACAUAUGAAGAACAUAGGAAGAGCUGUGAUGGUUGAGACUGAGGGCCUGUCCAGUCCAGCAUUCUCUUCCCAUGAUGGGCAAGUAGAUGCCCAUGGGAAGACCAGAACAGGAUAUGCCUGCAAUUUGUGCUGGAGAUAAUUGACCGUGAUAACUGACUGAUCAGCAGCCACAGAUAGUCUUAUCCUCCAUGAAUUUGCAUCAUCCCCCUUUAAAUUUAUUCAACUUGGUGGCCGUCACUACAUCUUGUGGUAAUGUACCUUCACUACAUGACGACUAGAGAUAGCAAAAAAGAACAUUAACACAGCCUCAAAAACAGUGAUGAGCAAAACAUGUUAUCAAGUCACUUUGGUCAUUAAAAUUGUGGGAUGCAUUAAAAGCACUGCCAUGAGUGUUUGACCCAUGAGGGAUGAAAAACCCUUGUUGCUGUACGGUUUAAAUAUGAGCGAGGCAAAAUGUUCAAACUCUUACGGUGUGCUCCCUAAGGAUAAGAACGCCCAGGAAACUGGCUCAGGGAGACAAGCAAUACCCUUUGGUACUGUGAAAGUACUUCUGAAAGCAAAAGCAGCCUUUAAAAAUACUUAAGUGAGGCUCAUUUAUUUAUUUUUCCAUCUUUUGUAGACUUGGCAUUCUAGCAAAAAAAUAGAUUCUGAAGUUUGUAUUCACAGUAACAGCUUCAGUAUUUUGUAUGUAAAUAGAGUGAAUGUAUCCUGCACAUUCCAUGUACCAGUUAUAAGUGUGUGAAGGAAAGCAGAUUACCUAUUAUUUUAUAGGACAGAGAAUCCUAGAAUCAUGGGCCUGGAAAGGGACACUGAAGAUUAUCUAGUUCAGCCCCUGUCCCUGAGGCAUAGAAGAUGGGGCUUAGCAUUUGUUUAAUCACAUCACCCCAUGAACAUAACUAUAACCUGAUUGUCAAGCACAGGAAAGUUCCAUAUAUAUGUGUCUAAUGGUAGAAAAAGCUGUAAUAAAUGGUAUAUAUUCUACUAAUUAAAUUCAUUUGUCUCUAGCAAGUAAGCCAAGCCACUCAUUAUAAAGGGGAGACAAAGGGGGGGAAACCAGCUGGCAAACCUGAUUUUGGAUAAAACAUCCUCCAUAAAUUAAAAAAUAUCAGUUGAGCCUUCAUGUUGAUGCAAACUCCAUCCACCAGCCCUUUUGGAAGACGUGCUUCUUUGGCCCACUAGUGCAAGUCCACCCUAUUCAACAUCUUCCAAUUGGAAAAACCACUGAUGAUGCAGUAGUAGAAGAAAAAAUACUUCCAAGAUUUAGAGCUAAACAAACCUUCCCUAAUCCCAAUGUGGCACAUCUGGCUAACAGAUAAGAAAUCGUAAAAUAGCCUUCCUAAAUCCCCCAAAUUUAUUUCAAAACUUGUAUGGAGUUUUAUCUUUGUUUUUGUGUUUUGUUUUUCUUCCAUAGCUUUACUAUUGAAAUGUCUUUCUCCCAGUUUUUUACAUAGCACAUUGUUAGGAAUGUCUGUCUGACCUUGUUCUUUUUUUUAUUAGUGGACAGUUUAGAAGCCCCAGUUCUUGCAAGACUUUUCUGGGCAUGGAAACUCCAAUAUGUGCACAAAGCUCAGCCACACGGAACAGCUUCCUAUUAGUUUCUUCAGAAAAGGCCAAGCAGUGUGCAUUCUUAUGUAUAAAAAAUAAGCAGGGUACAGUUGAGACCAAUUUGGGCACUACAUAUACAAGACAUCCAUGUGGACAAUUGAUUUCUUAAUUACGAUUAGCUUUUCUUUAUUAGUAAUAUCCAAAAUUGACUUAUAUUUUUGUGUUGACAAUGAACACAUUGUAUCCUCUCUUAACUGGCCUGCAUCUCCCCCGUCAUUGGACCCAGUCCAGUAAGUUUUCCAAGGUAUCCUAUAAACACCAGCCUUCGCAAUGGCCACCAGUCAGUGUGGGCAGUGUGAUAACUGGAUCAAAGUGCCUUCCAUUGGCCUCACUUAGCAAUGAAUCCAAGUAUGUUUGUGCAAAACAUCUGGAUGAAUUUUUGAACAUUCCAUGCUCCUUUCAUCUACUUGCAUCCUUUGAAUCUAAAAGUAAAACAUUAAAUUUAAAAGUGUAUGUACUCAACUACUUGCUCUUUUCCCUUCUCUCAGCUGGUUGUUUGACUUUCAGUGUAGCACCAAUGUUUCUACUAAUCCCAAAUUUUGUUUUGCCAAAAACCAGAAUAACUUCUUAGUGUCAUCAGACUGGAAUGGGAGGAAAGUCUAUUGAUGCCUGGGAUCCAUUCCAUUCUCUUUCUGGAGCCUUUUGGGCAUCCCAAACUGAUAUUUCUCAAACUGAUACUGCCCAAAGAGCUUCAGCUGUGGGGUGGGAUAGAAAUGGAAUUAAUAAUAAGGCUUCCAUCUUUUUUUCCAAAACAAGGGAAUAGUUAGCCAGCAUCACAUUUCAUAGAUCCCAUGACAGAGUCAUUUUAAAGGUUCCAGGGUAUCCCACUCUGUGGCCAAGUUUCUCUGCAAGAAUCCCCAAACCAUUUUCUAGCCUUAUAUCUGGAGGGCACCAUGCUGGAGUUGACUGACAAAAUAUCACUAAUUUAAACCCUAGCACAUUUCCUAACAUAAACCUGUAAAGAAAAAAAUGUGGAUUUCUGGCUGUAUUUUAAAAGCCAUUUCCUUAAUAGAUUCCUAGGACUGGUUGCACUGAUCAAGGCCAGUGCCUGGUUUGAAAGCCCUUGGACAGCUCCCCUUCCGUGGUGUCGGUCUCCCUCUGCACUGCUGUUAUCACCAGCCGGUGCUGGUGCCGCUCCUCUUUUUCAUCAUUGCCUCCACUUGCUUGUCAGGAGUCCGUGGCAUCUCCUGAUCCUCCUUCUUGCUCCCAUUGAGUGAAAGGCGGCAGAACAAGCUGGGUGCCCCGCUGAAGAGGCAGCACAACUUCAAGGGACUCUUUAUCAACACAUCCUUGCUGUGAUGUACAGCCUUGCUGGUGCCCAGCCAGGCCUGCACUUGAUGUCAGCCUGUAUUUUAAAACAAGUUCAAUUAAUCAUGCAAUUGUGAUACAUAAAUGCCAGUAAAAAUAAACCAGUUACCUUUCGAAUGCAGUGAAACCAGAUCAGAUAAUGGCAUCUGUGAAUUCCAGCAGGGACUAUCUUAUUUCACAUGAAUGUGAAUCAUGAAGGGUCCUUGUGGAAAGAACCUUGUCAAGAGAAAGUCCAAACUCUAUCCCAGUAUUUCUUAAAUUGAGGUUGACUCUAAUUCCUCAGAAUCUUAUCAGGGUUUCUCAACCAGGGAAAGUCAACAUUGGAAAAUAAACAUAUGGACCACUGUCAUUCUCCCCAUGUAGUAUUCCCCAUGUGGUACCCAGUUGCAAGAGUGUGUGAGCUACAUAUUCAGGUACAUUUUGAGUUUGUGGAUGGGAAUGGCAAGGUCCCCCAGGCAUAGGGUAGUCAUUUCUCCUGCUCUCUUCAAAAACAUCUUCUGUUUAAAAAGCAGUCCAGGACAAGGCUGGUUUAAAGAUAACCCUAAGAAGGGGAAGUAACAAGGCCCUUGGAAUGUCUAUCCACAGAACGUACUUGGACAACAGAAGGAACAGGCUGGCAGCUCACCCAGUCUCGGUCUUCCACAGUGUAGUGAGAUGGAUUGCAUGUCUAUUUAAAUGAUAGCAGCUUUUCCAAGUCUCCUUUUUCAAUAUUGCAUUUGCUCCUUUUUGGCAAUAAAUGCAUAGCUAUCCAAAGCAGGCUGGUGCCGCAUGUGAACCGAGCCCCCGCAUGCAGCCCAGAAUCCAUCACAACUUGCAAAAGAAAAGGCUCUGCAGCAGAUGCUUGACAAGCAUCUGUGUAGACGGGGAUCCCUCAGGUCAUGACGUUUAAAAGCUACUGGCCUGUGCUGGUAACUUUCAGUCAGGUAGCCAUAUUAGUAUGUAAAAGAACAAUGUGUUUUACUCCUAUGAAAUUGCAUGAUAAGAAAAGCAACCAUAAACACCUAUUUCUCUGAAAAUAGUACUUCAUGUACCUAGUCCACAGAAGAUCUUGGGGAGGCCAACUUGCAGCCUUCCAGGUCUUCUACUCAACAAUUCCCAUCAGCCCCAGCUAACAUAGCCAGUGGUGAAAGCAGAUGGGAGUUGUAGGUCAAAAUAUCUGGAAGACCACCCCUUGUCUACCCCUUCUGCAAUGAUUUAUUGUUUUGAUUCUGUCCUGAGACCGCCACCUGUCCUGAGUAGCCUUGAGGUCUACUGUGGAUCUACAUAACCACCAAGAGCCACUCGGGGGUGGGGGGGGGAUCUCUAGAAAGAUUGCAUCCAGGUGGAAAGGUCAGAAAGGGGUUUCCUUAUGCUAAAGCUCUUUUCUUGCUCUAUGAGCUUGUAACAUGCAAAGAAGGGUUACCCCAACUAUAAAAGCUGUUCUGCAGGUUUCUGCACCUUACUCAGUUUAUUCAUAUCCACCCAUGUAAAUACAGCGAACUGUACCUUUUUUUGUAAAUCUUGAAUUAAUAUGUUAUAAUCAUAGUUUAUCUGGAACAAUGGUUUGUCUAAACACACGGACAGCAACUACACAGCAACAAUUGUAAUUGGUUAAAAUAUUAACAAAUGUGGAAUAUAUUUUUUCGUAUGUGCAAUAUUUUAUAUUAUCUAUGUACCUGGCGCAUGUUUACACUGGCAUUUGUGGUUUUAAAAAAAUGAUAUAUUGAUGGACAAAUAAAAAAGUAAGUGUUCUACCUUA